AUGCCAGUUUAUACUUACAAUGUGAAGGGAGACCUGGUUGCAGAACAUCCAUAUAUUCAGGACAAUUGCUAUUACAGCGGCUAUGUGGAUGGAGUCCCAGAUUCUCAAGUCAUCCUCUCUACCUGCAGUGGACUUUGGGGACAUAUACAGUUUGGCUCCUUAACCUACGAAAUUCAGCCGGUUGAAAAUUCCUCCACCUUCCAACACUUCAUUUACCGACGGGAUCCGCAGCCGCGAGGACCCUGCACGGGAAUCGCCGAAGAUGGCGCAGGCGGGCCCGGUAGAGAGGUGAGAAUGGUGAGGACCGAAGAAGAUCCAGAUGUUUCCCCCAGGCAGGAAGCUGACCUCAACCGGACAAGCAACCGAUACCUAGAAUAUUAUGUUGUUGCCGACAAAAGCACGUUUCUCCUCUACGGUGGUAAUGAAACCGCUUUGGUGUCGGUAGUGUUCCAUAUGAUGCACCACGUUUACACCAUCUUCCUCCCGCUCCGCCUCCACGUUUAUCUGGUCGGCAUGGAGAUCUGGACGGACAAAAACUACGUGACCCUCCAUCCCCAAGAGCUGUCUAUGAACUUGAACGCCUUUUAUAAGUACGUCCGGUACAAACUCCGGCACCACGAGCAUUUUGACCACGCUGGUUUAAUGACGCUGUUUUCCUUGCACCAGUUCCAUCAAACCCUCAACCUCCUGGCAAUAAGCGCCCUCAUUGUCGUCAUGAAUAAGAUCCAUAAAAAGCCUCGAUUUGACGCCGAAACCGUCGCCCACCAGCUGGGUCAUUCUCUCGGCUUCACGCACGAUGACGCGCCCACAAACCUAGCCAGAAAAUGCGACUGUAAUUGCACAGUGUUUGGCAGCUGUUUGAUGCUGACUUCGGGCCCAGCGAACUGCUCCAGACUGAGUAACUGCAGCAGGCUGGAAUAUUUGAAAGUGAUCCAAAAACCUGAAAAAACCUGUUUGCUGGACAAACCUGCCCAGGUGUUUACCAUGAGGGAGUGUGGAAACGGCGUCAUCGAUGACGAGGAUGAACAGUGCGACUGCGGAAUUGAAGAGGACAUAGAAGGAACUUGGAUCCAGAGCAUCUUUCUGAAACAAGGUGGAAAACAGCGACAACUUCACGAAGAAGGUACAUCAGCCAUCAGACUUGUACUCAUGAAUGAAAAAUACCCCAGCCUCAAAGGGCCCAGUGAAUGCCGGAAGAACGAGUGUUGCCGAAAGGAUUGCAAGUUCAGAGAAGACAUCGACUGCCUGUACGGGCUCUGCUGCGAGACGUGUAAGUUUUCCGAAACGGGAACCAGGUGCAGAGAACCCGCUUCGGAGUGCGACCUCCCGGAAUUCUGCAACGGGACCUCCUACGACUGUCCGACGGAUGUCUACAAGCAAGACGGGACCCCGUGUGGCAACCACAACCAUUGUUUCCUGGGACGUUGCCUGGAUCUCCACACACACUGCAAGGCCCUUUUUGGGCCAGAUGCCCGGGAAGCCCCCCUGAGCUGCUUCAAGGAAAUGAACACGCGGGGAGACCGCUUUGGCAACUGCGGCAAGGACGGCUCCGUCUUUCGGAAGUGUCUUGAGAAGGAUGUCCUGUGCGGAAGAGUGCAGUGUGUCAACGUGGGGAAAAUCUCAAGCGUCACGACGAGACAAGACGUGCUGCAGACCCCGGUGGAGGGCGCCACGUGCUGGGGGACCGAAUUUGACCUCGGGGAGGACAUCUAUGACCUGGGAGCAGUGCAAGAUGGGACCAGCUGCGGCCCCGACAAGAUCUGCUUAAAUAGAUCAUGCGUGGACGUGGCUGUGCUGGAUUUCGACUGCGAUCACUCCGUCUGUAGAAGCCGAGGGGUCUGCAACAGCAACCGGAACUGCCAUUGCUCUUACGGAUGGGCCCCUCCCUUGUGCACUGAUCCAGGGUUUGGGGGGAGCAUCGACAGUGGGCCCCCUCCCCCCUACCAGCUGCCCACCAUCGUCAUCGUCGGACUGUUCACCCUGACCGGGCUGGUCGUCCUGCUGGCGGGGGUCUUCAUCUCGCGUCACGUGGACGUCUUCUUUAAACUGAUGGCAGCCAUUCCCAAACGGCGCCCCCAAAAAUCGGCCAGUAAAAGCCCUGAGAGGCAAAUCCUCAAAGACCGGCAUGAGGCGGUCGCGUAG